AUAAUGUGCGAAGGGAUUUCCCGCCAAGCUCUGGCGCCAUCCCUAACAGGCGCUGCCCAGACUUGUACCGAGACCAGCCGUCAGAUUUUGAGCAGCGCGGCCUUGUGCUGUGUACCAAUGGGGCAAUGUAAAAAAGUUUUCGGCGUCGGCCGACGAAUGGUUCAUUUCAAGCUGACAAGUCGGUAA